UUAUAUCUCAAAAACCAUCCAAGAAUUUUGGGCCAAACUUCUUCCAGAAAUGGCUUCAAGAGCUGUAGCCUCCAUUGCCUACUUGUUCUCUCUCAACCUUCUCUUCUUCAGUACGGUGAGCGCUACGACUUGCCCCGUGGAUGCCCUAAAGUUCAAAGUAUGUGUCAAUGUGCUGGGUCUAAUUAAGAUCCCACCAGAUGAACCUUGCUGCAGCCUCAUCAGUAAUCUUGUUGAUCUUGAAGCUGCUCUUUGCCUUUGCACUGCCAUCAGGGCUAAUGUAUUGGGCAUUAACCUCAGUAUUCCACUCGACUUGAGCUUGGUGCUCAACGAUUGUGGCAAGGAGGUUCCAGAAGGAUUCACUUGUCCAUAAGUCGUUUCUUCUCGCGUUUCAUGUGUUUCAGCUUUAAUUUGGAAUGUUUCUUAAUUUGGGAAUUUGAUAUAAAGACCAGUAACUUCUUUGUGUUACUCUUUGUACGGAUGCAUGGAGAAGGCUUUUUGGCUUCUUUCUCAUCAUCUGUAUUCCUUUUUUGAUAAGCAAUCAUA